GUCGAGAAGGUUAUAAGGCUUGGGCACCUUUAGAAGAAUCAGCAGUUUUCCCGAACAACUUGACACGCAGGGUAUGGGUCGUCCCAAUGGUUCUCAAUAUAUUCUUUCGGCACAGCCACAAGAGUGUAGAUAAUGCCAGUGACAUGGAGUGAAUAUAGGUGAAAAUGAUGAUGAGUCAUAUUGAGUCCUCCGCAGCUGGAGUUGGCUGGGGCACUUCUGACGGUAUCAGCCAGCAUUUGGGGGGCGAAUCCUUCAGCCAAUUCGGCCCAACUAACGAAGCCGCUCCCGGCCAAAAGUGCGGCCGCGGGGCGAAGGUUGCGAUGCGUGCCUUUCCAUGUGCUGUGCUGGCCAUCCUCACUGUUGUGGAUGCUCGCACUGAGGUGGCAGAGAACGCCUCAUCUUUGCUUGCCGUGCACUUGGCAGCGGGCGCAGACUCAGAGUGCUCAGACACCUCAACUGUUUCUCGAGCUACAUGCUUGAGCAAAGGAAAGUGCAUGUUCCUCGAACUCGACCAGCAAAAUCUUUGCCUCCCCUGCGAGUGGAGUGGUAUGCCUUUGCCAUGUGUCCCUCGGAAUGCAGCUUACCCACAAGGACGGGUGGAGAGCUGCGAGAUGAGCUGCGAGCACCAACAAAUGGUCUCAAAGCUGUCAGACUGCACAGAUGUCAGUGGUGAGAUCCGAAUGGAUGACUGUGUGGCAAAGGGCAAAAGUGCUGGGGUCUCUUGCAUGUGGACCUCGUACAUGCGAAAGGAUGGCAGCCGCAGUAGCAUGUGUGGCCCAUGCAAGGUGGAUGGUUUGGGCGUGGUGGGUCGCAGUGCGCCUGGCAGCUAUGGUCCAGAGCCGGGGAGUGUGGUAGAAGCGAGCUUCUCACAGUGUGAUGCACAACAGCUGGAAGCCGCCAAGCCUUGCGUGGAUCCUUCCAAGUGCCCCAAGGCACUUCCCGCCCUUCCGCCACAAGCUGGCGACACCCCGGUGCCACUCUCUGAUCUCACCCGCCUGGGCCUGAACACCACCGAAGAUGCACCCAUGUACUAUGCAGCACCUGUCUCACCACCCUACGGCAAAGAGGAGUACCUGGCGGCUGCGCAAGCUGCUUCCAAGGCCGCUGGCUGGGAAGCUCCAGAGGAUCUGAAGGAGGUGGACAUCGCCAUCAAACAGCCACCAACCGCACCUGCCGUGCCAUCGGAUCUGGCUGAGCGGCCAGUGAAGCCAUUGCCAGGGCUGUUGUUUCCCAUCCCAGCCUUUCAGUCAGCCACAGGAGGUAUCUUAGCAGAACCCGGCGAGUCUUUCCGGCCACAAAUGCUGGGGUCUUUACUCCAAGCCAAGUCCAAGAGGCUGAGACAUGGCAGGCUGAGCGCUUCAGGAGCGUGAGGAGGAAAAAGGAUCUCCGGCCAAGCGGCCAGAUCUCUGAAACUGCGUACUUCAUCAUACUUAAACAC